UUAAGUUUAAACCUCGUCUCUCUCUCUCUUCAUUUCCUCCACGAAACGCACUACGGACUGAUCAUGGCCAACCUGUUCUCUCUCGCCACGGCCAUCUUCUUCCUGUCCGUCACUUGUACUCAUCUCUCCCGUGCCGCGUACCCCAUCGGCGUCAACUACGGCACCAUCGCCGACAACCUCCCCCCGCCAUCCCAAGUCGCCAACUUCCUCAAGACCAAGACCACCAUCGACCGGGUCAAGCUCUUCGACGCCAACCCCGACAUGCUCCGCGCCUUCGCCGGCACCGGCAUCGCCGUCACCGUCAGCGUCGGCAACGGCGACAUCCUGUCCCUCUCCAAGCUCCCCGCGGCCCAGUCCUGGGUCGCCACCAACAUCUUGCCGUUCUACCCCCAGACCCUCAUCAACCGCAUCGCCAUGGGCAAUGAGAUCCUCGCCACCUCCGACAAGGCCCUCAUCGCGCACAUCUUGCCCGCCAUGAAGGCCCUCCACUCGGCUCUCCAGCUCGCGAACGUCACCAACGUCCAGGUCACGACACCGAACUCGCUCGGGAUACUCGCGUCGUCGUAUCCUCCGAGCACCGGCCGUUUCCGCCGGGGGUACGACAGGGUCAUAUUCGCUCCGAUCCUGGAUUUCCACCGCCAGACGAAGUCCGCCUUCAUGGUGAACCCGUACCCGUUCUUCGGGUUCUCCGCCAAUAACCUGGACUACGCGUUGUUCAAGCCGAACGCCGGCGUCUUCGACGCGGUGACGGGGAUGAACUACACGAACAUGUUCGACGCCCAGAUGGACGCGGUGUACUCGGCGAUGAAGAAGGUGGGUUACGAGGACGUGGAGAUCUCGGUGGGAGAGACGGGGUGGCCCUCGGUGGGCGACCCCAACCAGCCGGACGUGAACAUGGAGAACGCGGUGUCGUACAACGGGAACCUCGUGAGGCACGUGAACACCGGGAAGGGAACGCCGUUGAUGCCGAACCGGACGUUCGAGACUUACGUCUUCGCGCUGUUCAACGAGGACCUGAAACCGUCGACCUCGGAGCGGAACUACGGGCUGUUCAAGCCGGAUCUGACUCCGGUUUACGACGUCGGCAUCAUGAGAAACGAACCGGCUAGUGCACCCGCUCCGGCAUCGCCCGAUCCGGCAUCGCCCGGUCCGACCGCCCCAUCGAGCAAGAAGGAGCCAGAUGCGGGAAGUUCGGCGAGCCCGUAUCGGAAAUCCAAGGAGUUGUUUAUGGGAGGAUGUUGCUUUCUGUUUGCAUACUUCGUAUUAAUUUGAAGGAAAAGAGGGAAAUAUGAACGUUACACUUACACUCGCUUUUUCUAUGAUGAGAGCAAAUCGCCGCUUUGUAUAUUAACAUGUUAUUGGCUUUUUGGCGCUAGAUUUUGGGGUUGCCAUUGAUCCCCUUUUCCAUCUUUUUUGGAUCACGCAACCAAUUUUCUCUACCGGAUAUGGCUGUUGUUUUCAGAAUUUUCGAUCUAUUAUGAUACUUGGUUGAAUGGGGUCAAACCUGUUUUGAUGGGUGCAUAUAAUUGAAUAGAUUGAGCUCCAACAGUCUGAAUUACGAAACACUUAAUGGGAUCAGAAGUUCCCACCUUUAUUAUUUAUUUUGUUAUAUGUGGUUUAAGUCGGUGUUAAAUGAAUGUUCGCUUCCGUGUU